GUUUCUAUGUGAUAAUUUGACAUUGAUUAAAGAAUUGCGAUACAAUCUAGUUGUAGAGCCAAUUGUUAACGCCUUCAUGUGUUUAUGUAUAUCGCAGUGGUUUUGCAGCGUCAGUCCAAUUAUUAUAUAUUUGAUGUGAGUGGUCGCAGUUCGAGUUGUGAUUCAGCUCACAAAGUUACGUACACGACAGAAGGCCAUUUUGAUAAAGGAAAACCUCUCCAGUGCUAUGAAUGUAAUUCAGAACACGAUUCUAGAUGUGUAGAUCCUUUUGAGCCUUAUGCCAGUGGUAUUGUGAACUGUACAGACAUAAAACCUCCAGAACAUUUGUUGGGUGUCCAUACUGGUCCUAAUCAACGACUUAAAGCCACUGUUUGCCGGAAAAUUGUUCAAGAAGUUAACAUGCGCAAAAGGGUCAUUCGAGAGUGCGGAUAUAUCAGGGACAUUCGAGAUAACAAGAAUUGUCAUAAAGUAAGUGGCACGAAAGAUGUUGAACUACUAUACUGCGCAUGCACCAAGUCAUUAUGCAACGGAGCGGAAAAUAGUCAAUCCAGUAGUUUAGUAGCUGUAAUUUUAAGCACCUUCUUAACAUAUAUUAUUUUCUUUUGAAAUGAGGCAGGUGGUUGUUAACUAAGAUGCUAAAUACAAUUUUUUUAUUUUAUUUCUAAAAUACUGCACUACCAAGUAGCUGAGAAUUUGCUUAUUUUAAAUGGAACUGCCUAUACCAUAUCGGCAAGCGACAGUCUUGGGUCGUAUUUACAUGCCCACGAGUCAAUCGCUAUGGAGAUCCUGUCGAAGAGAGAAAAAUCCCAAAAUCUUUGUUAUAAUAUUAGUUUAUAAUAUUAUUUAUCCCUUAAUUCAAUGUUUUUCCAUUGUUGAAAUCUAAGUAUAUAGCAUUGGUGGUUCCAUAUACAAUAACAAUAGGUGGUUCUAUUUAAUAUAAGCAAAUUAUCAGCUGGUUCAGGUUAGAUUGGAAGUACCAAGAGUUGAAAACGUUUGAAAAACUAUUUCUUUAAAUAUUUUUUGAAACUUUCAGAUUUGAACAAAAUUAGAUAAAAAAAAAGUUUUAAUAUAUGUUUUUUUAAUAGAUAAUUAAUAGAUUGUGUGAAG